GAGGACUUCGAUCAUUCGUCCGUAUGGGAUGAACCGAGGUUUUUGCUACCAGGUAUAUCAAGAAGUGCCAAUUAACAAGAUGAUGUCGAUAAAGAUAGUACGCACCAAGAAACAAAUGACUUGAAAAGCGCGCCCCAGCACCAUUGCAGCUGGAUUCCGAUUAUAGCAGCGCAUUGCACGAAACGCGACGGCGCGCUAGAUUUGAUUGGAUGAACUACAACAAUCAAUCGCAAUCGUCGUAACAACUGUCCCUCGCCCACGAGAAUGCCUCGUGGAAGAGCAGCAUCCUCCUUUUCGGGGGGACGGCCACCUUUAGGCAAACAAGUCACUUCUCUAGAUGAGGUCGGGAAGCUAGAGAUGUCUUACGUACACGCCGAUCUUUGGCAGGAGUCGCAAUUUUUGAGGAUCAUCGAACAAAUUGAAGCGCUUUCGGCGGAGUUUAUAUUAUGGCACGAAAGGUUCUUAAUAGCCACUAAGGAUUUCGACCAUGCUGAGGUGGAUGUGAUGUCGCUCGUUGUAGGUAAUGUAGUACUAAGAAAGGGCUAGACAUGAAGCAAAUAACGAACUCUUCUAAGAACACAGCUAUGCGAUGGGAAUAGAAGCAGACUCCAAAACAGCAUCAAAGAGACAGUUACAAAUAUGCGCACACCUGCAGCCUUGGAACUCUGUCGACAGAACCGCGAUGAAGAAUUCAGAGGUAUUGCUAGUGGAACUACAAUUAGCGUAAGCCCAAGUUGUACCAAUCGCUCCUUUCAUAGUUAUGAUUCACUGAACUACAUCAACUAGAAACUACAGCUACCUAGAAGGCGCGAUGCCGAUACCGCGCUGCAACUACUACGUAAUCCCUGUAAGGGAAACGGAAACAACAACACAGAAAUCGCAGCAGUUGCUACAGCAGAACUGAGGAGUUUGUCUGAGAGCAUUAGCGAAGCCGAUAGUCCGGAUGGGAUAUUGGAUAUCAAACGAAAGUGCGAACAUUCCUUGCAGCAGUGGCAGUCUGUACUGUCCUGAUUCACGUACUAAACUUAGCUAUGUUGAGAUGCACGUGCGUCUACACGUCGUAGCUAUAAUGAGAUGCACGUGCGUCUACACGUCUACUUCUUGAGCAGAUGGUUUGCCUCCGAGUUCACAGCACGUGGUUUAGUGCACAUCCCUCAUGUGUUGUCAUGUACUAUGGGUAUCUUCUGGAUCUUUUAUACCCCUGGAGUGGGUGCAUUCAUUCACUCAUUCACUCACUCACUCAAGCAGCUCACUUCAACAUCACCUCCUCCACGCCAACUACAGAACCUAGCAGCCGAGAAGCAGGACCGGUCAGAGCGAUACGGGUCAAUAUGGAACAAGAUAGACCGUUCUUUUUCCCAGUUGAAGGACAGCGCCAAGGAGGCCACUAGUUUGCGGACAGCAUCGAAUCAAAGACUGACGGAUGUGAUUGACAAUGUACAACUAACACACUACAUGAUAGAUGAACAAGAGUUCUCCACACAAGAGUUGUCUUGUUUGUUUCAUCUUCAUUCUCGUCUAUCUCGUCUAUCUCGUCCUCCACACCUCGGCCUCAACAACAGGCCUGCAGCACCUUAGCAGCUGACCUCGAGUCAGAGAGGCAAAAUCGACAACGAGGCCAAGACCGCAUGCUGCAACUGUUCGAAACGCUGCUAGGUUGUGUAGAAGCCAAGAGCGAGGACCAAUCACUCAUGGCCGCUCUGUUUAACAACUCCUCUACUGUGCCUCGUCCGUUACUGUUCGCCGAGAAGGAGGAGGACUCUACUAGCGCUGCCUCAAUACCUGAUGUUCACGUAGCAGGAGCAGGAGGCCAAGUAGAAGACUUUGCUCGAAACGCAAACCCUAACGCACGUGGCCUUGGAGGAAUUAGUCUUGCUCCUAACGCCAACUACCCUUCCACCAGAAGUAGAAUAGCAUCUGCUGAAGAUGAGGAUAGCACGACCAGGACCAUACGGGGUCUUCAUAUCGGAGCUCAAGUUCCUGCAACGAGCUCUGGCACAAGUAACCUAGUGAAUUUGAUUGAUAAGUCUCUGAAUAGACAUGAAAGCAAAUCUGGAGAUGAGGGGCAUCAAAUUGGUGGCCAUCUAGAAGAAGGAGCUCUGCUUGUCCGUGGUAUCCCUGUACCUGGCAGGACUGGAGCUACAACAUCGAGUUCAUCGAAAAGGACAGAGCUGAACUUCAACGGCAUAAGUCUACCUUCAUCACCUUCAUCGAGAAACAAAGUGGUGAGUAGCAACUACCUAAACCUAGGUCAUCUAGCAGCUGCUAGUACAACUACGAACGAGGGCAGUAAACUUCAACAGCAAGAAAGUGACCAAGCUCCUCCGCCGGAGAAACGCGAAGACUUCAAGAAUGCAUUUUCAGCGUUUCUAGAAAGGCAAAAAGGCAACGUAGUUGACGCACCAGCAUCUCCUCAGAACAAGAGGCCACCACCAGGCUGUGUCGAUCCAAGCGUGGCCGAUAUGUACCGCAGCAUCAAACGCAAGUUGCGCGCAUGCCAGCACUCAGCAGACUUCAAUAUCCAGGUAGGAGGUGGGGAGGAAAGUGGUGGAUAGCGAGGAAAAUAACAACAUCAAAAUUUCACUUGUUCACUUCUACUUCUAUUUUCUUGGGACGAGGAUGUGGAUGAUUUACUGUUCUUCUUUUUCAAUUUCUUGAUAAUUUUUCGCACGUCCUCAUCGGGAUUAGUCACUCACUGUCACCGAACUGUAUUACUUGCCUUAUAACGCCGGGGAGAAAACUGUCGAAAGUAUCCAAGUAAUCACACUGUCAACGAUUUUCGUGAACAUGGAUCGUGAAUGACGACGAUGCGACGAUGUAUGCUUCUGCAUGCGCUUGAAGUAAAAUUUCUAGUACAAUACACCGAAAUUGACAUCACUUUCACUUUUCGAUGCUGACUUUCUUAUGUUGCUGGCAUGGGAGUUCUUUC